AUGAGCAGCACACAACAAGCCCCAGGGGGCCCCCCAGGGGCCCCCAUGGGGGGCCCCCCGGGGGGCCCCCCGGGGGCCCCUGGAGAGGGUACUGGGGGGCCCCCGGGGGCCCCCGUUGUUGCUGCUGCAGGGGCCCCCGUGGGGGCCCCCCCGGGGGCCCCUGGGGCCAGCGUCCACUAUGGAGGUGCUGCAGCAAAGCAGCAGCAGCAGCAGCAGCAGCAGCAGCAGCAGCAGCAGCAGCAAGCUGGCGGCGCGAGCUCUAGUCCCCAGUUUUUCGUUGAACAGAAGCGCGGGGAGCUGCAGGAGCUGCGUUUGCUGCUGCGGCAGCUGCCGCAGCAGCAAAGCAGCAGCAGACAGCGGGAGGUUUUGAAGAAGCUGCUGGCGCAAAUGACUUUGGGAAUUGACAUUUCUUUUUUGUUUCCAGAAGUUGUUAUGUUGUCUUCAACUCGAGACAUUCUGCAGAAGAAAAUGAUUUACCUCUACCUCACCAACUACGCGGAGACAAACCCUUCUUUGGCGAUUUUGGCUGUAAACGCUUUUCAAAAAGAUGCAGCAGAUCGAGACCCUCGUUUGAGGGGUUUAGCAAUACGGAGUCUUUGUUCCCUCAGGGUGACGGAAAUGAUAGAGUAUAUGGCCCCCGCGCUGCAGCGAGGCCUCCAAGACCCUCACCCUUAUGUUCGGAGGGUUUCUGUCAUGGGUUUAAUUCGUUUGUGGCACCUCCUCAACAGCAGCAGCAGCAGCAGCAGCAGCAGCAGCAGCAGCAGCAGCAGCAGCAGCAGCAGCAGCAGCAGCGGCAGUAGCAGCAGCAGCAGCGGGGAGGAGGGGGAGGAUUUGGGCCUCUGCUGCCACGCAGGAAUUGUUUGCGCUCUUCAGAAGGCCCUCUACGACUCCGACGCCCAGGCAAUGAAUGCAAUUUACGCCUUGAAUGAAAUCGAAGCUGCAAACGGGGGAGUUGUUGUCACUAAGGAGUUAAUUAGCAGUCUUUUAAACAGGCUGAAGGACAUGACGGAGUGGGGCCAAGUGGCGGUGUUCAAUUUGUUGAUUUCUUAUUUUCCAAAAACUGCCGAAGAGAAAUUCGACUUGUUGAACAUUCUCGACCACAGACUCAAAAGUUCUUCUGCUGCUGUUGUCCUGCUAGCCAAGGGAGAGCCGCUGCUGCUGCGGCAGGCAGUGCAGCGGCUUGCUGCUCCGCUGCUGACGCUGGUCUCGACUUGCUGCUGCGAACUCGCCUACGUCGUGCUGCAGCACUUGCUGCUGCUGCUCGAAACCCCUGACGGCGAGGGUUUUCGUUUGGCUUUGGAAAAAGAAUACCAGCAAUUCUUUUGUCGACAUAGUGACCCUUCUUACGUGAAGUACACGAAGCUCAAGAUUCUCACUGCCAUCACCACUGAGGCGAGCGCCCCCGCAGUGCUGCAGGAGCUGAAGGAAAGCGCCUGCGACGCAGACGCGAAUGUCUUGUCGCUGCUGGAAUAUGAAAUCGACUUCGUGAUGGGCGCGGCCUUUGGCGUCUUCAGAGACUUGCUCAGGAAAUACAGAGAUAUGAUAGACAAGUUGGUUGACGCUGUUGAAAAAUACGGCCCGAAAGUCACCGGCGCUGACCUCGCCUCUGUCCUGUGGAUCGUCGGAGAGUUUGGCUCUGUCAUUCCAGAGGCUCCUUACAUCGUCGAAGCUGUCGCCGACAGAUUCCUCGAGGAAGAACCCACUGUCCAGCUGGAGUUGUUGUCAGCAGCCACUAAACUCUUCUUCUCCAGGCCAGGAGAAGUUCAGCCCUUCUUGGGAAAUCUGCUGCGACAGGCCCUGGGGGAACACUGCAACUUCGAUGUUCGAGAUAAGGCUCUCUUUAUUUACAGGCUUAUCAAGGCUGACGUUGACGCAGCAAAAACCGUCUUCUCGACUCCUCUGCCUCCUAUUGAUGCUGUCAAGAGGUUUUCUUUGCCGGAACUUUCGGAAGCUUUGCUGGCGGAGUUCAACACCCUUGCUGCGGUGUACAGACACCCGAGUGUUUCUUUUCUUUGUAUCUGUUGGAUCUUCCCUCCACCAGCCGGCCGCGUCUCAGCUGUGUCUCUUUUCAAAAGCUCUGGGAAGCAGCAGCAGCAGAUGCCCACGCUGGAGCAGCUCGAAGCAGCAGCGGCUGAAGCCAAUAUAUCCACUAUGGCGAGCGGGGUUUUGGAUGGCAAUGUGUUGAAGCUGUUUCUCUACGCCACAGAUGAAUCAGAGCAAGUCUCUGAGGGUUUAGGGCACUUCGUGAAGAACCUGACAUUCGGGCCUCCAGUGGUGAAGUGCCUGCGCAGCAACUUGUCUGCUGCUGUCUUCUUCGAUGUUCAUUUGAUGGCAGCAAAUCCUUUGGACUUCAUCGAGCCUUUAGCAGCAGCAGGAGCUUCCCAACUCACCUUCCACCUCGAGGCCCUCAGCAGCAGCAGCAGCAGCAGCAGCAGCAGCAGCAGCAGCAGCAGCAGCAGCGGCAGCAGCAGCAGCAGCGGCAGCGGCGAAGGCGGAGAAGCAGCAGCAGCAGCAGCAGCAGCAGCAGCAGCAGCAGCAGCAGCAAAGUUGAUUCGGGAAAAAGGAAUGAAGGCGGGGCUGGCGCUGAAGCCAGGAACUCCUGUUGCUGCUGCUGCUGCUCUCAUUCAGCAGCAGCAAAUUGACACUUUGCUGCUGAUGACUGUCGAGCCGGGACUUGGCGGACAAACUUUUCUUAAAGACCAAAUCCACAAAAUAAAAACUGCCAGACAACUCAACCCCAACCUCAACAUCCAGUUGCAGCAGCAGCUGCUGCUGCUGAAUACGGCGCUGCUGUAG